GUCAACAUAUCGAAAAUAGAGCUGUCAAAUCUUUAAUUCGCAUUUAAAGCAAAGACUUACGGUCUAAAUCAAAAAAGAAUAAAACGGAAAUUUACAAUUUAUAUUUUAGUAUCUAUAACCACAGAUUAUUUUCGAUUUGUUACUAUUUUUAGACACCUGUCCUGUUUAUACAUGUCACCGUUUAACAGGUAGUGCGUGACACAUGUCACGUGUCGGUAUCGCUAUGAAAAGUAGGUCACGAGAGCUAAUUGACACAGGUACUUUGAGCAACUCCAUGUAUGCCGAGUGUUGAUGAAUCGACGACUCAGGGAAGAUGUCUAUGGCAGAUCUCGAUGCUCUCGGGCAGAUACCAGCUUACAGAAUUAUUCUUAAACAAGUCAUUAAAUCACAGAUCGGCCACUUGGUGAACCAGCUUAACCAGCACACUGAUGAGGACUGUCUAUUUCUCGCUGCGGACAUCACAGAUGCCUCGCUCAGCCAUGUUGGCUCAGAAAAGGGAAUGCGUUUCAUUGAGUCAAACAACGAUAUCCGCAGUCAUUUCCUGGAGUUCUGUAUGGACAGUAUGUUCACAGAUCAGUAUUCAGUUUUGAAGCAGGCAGAAGACAAAGCCACCUCAGAGAUAGCUAAAGCCCUUUCUCAACCGCUUCAAAUUUCGGGCUACAACCAACCUGGAAAAUCUCCAAAAAUCAAGCCCAGUCAGACAACCCCCAUUACAGCUACCAAAUCCACUCCCAAUACAUCAGCACUGCGGCAUGAACCUUACCCACUAACAAAGCCCGGUGGAUCAAGCAAGUCCUUACAUUUUGAAGCAUCUGAUUUUAAAGCAGAAACUGAGAGUCAAUCUAAUGAUGGUCCAGCGGUAAUGGAUGCUACAGAUGGUUCUGCUGCUGGCAUAAUGCAUCAGAACAUGGAGAGUCCAUCUUUACGUACGUCAAAAAGGAAAUCUGGUCCAAGGUCAAGGUCAAGUCAUAAAGCAUUUAAAGGGUUGUCAAAAGUGGACCAAAUUGCUGCUAAUAUUGCCUCUAAACAGUUGGCGAAUGGCCUAGCAUAUGCUGUAGACAUGGAAGCUGAGGCUCCACUUAAUCUUACAAACUCCUCUCCACAAGUCCAAAAAUCAUCUCCACCCAAACGGCUUCCAAAGAGAUCAUCGUCAAGGGAUACAUCUCCUAGUGUCUCUCAAGACAGUUUUCAACAGUAUAUUAAGAUCAAAGUUGAACCCACGGAUGAAAGCCUGGAUGGUAUGAGGGAUCACGCUAGCUCCACUGAGGGUCAAGGCGUGUAUACGGCAUCCAGCCAGUACCUUGACGGCAACACUUUGGGGACUGAUGGAGCUCUGGACCAGAAUAGCAGCCUGCAAGAUACACAGUUUGUUGGUAAGGGGGACCAGCCAGUGAAGGUCCACCAGUGUAACUACUGCGGGAAACCAUUCCCCUCCAAGUGGGAACUCUCCAGACACAGGCGAAUCCACACUGGAGAAAAGCCCUACCAAUGUGAAUACUGCCAUAAAGCUUUCUCAGAUAAGAGCAACAUGACCCAGCAUAUCCGUGGGGUUCACUUCCGAGAAAAAUACAGACCAGAUCGAAAAUUUAUCACCUAUGAAAAACAACAGGAGAAGUUCUUUACGACCCUAAAGGAUAAAGGAUGCAACCAGAGUUCCAGCUCUGGUAGCCCUAAUUCAAAAUCAGAGUUCGUUGUUAAUGAUGAAUUUGUUGGGGCUUCGGCAAAGCAAGAGGACACUAGCUGGUUGCGUAAACAGCUGUCUGCCAGAUCUGAAAAAAUUCCGACAACAGAUGUUAAAGUUGAAGCUGAGUUUGCAGGUGGAGAUGAUGCUAAGAAACUCAGUGCAACUGAUAUUAAAGGCCCUGAAUACUACCUUAAUGAGUUGGCAUUCAAAGCUAUGCAAGAAAGGGGUUUGUUUCCUGUAGGUUCCAAGACAGCAGUUUCUAACACUGAAGCAGAAUUUGUUAUACAUGAGGAUGAAAGUCUUGAGAAUUUUAGAAUUCCUGAUAUGGAGGGACCUCCGGAAAGCAUCCAGGAACAGGUGUUUAAAGCUAUGCAAGAGAGAGGCCUGUUUUCCAUGGUUUCUCUACCAAAUAGUGAUACUGGUUCAGAGGUAAAUACUGAUAAAGAACAAAGAAAAACAAGAGCGAGAAAUAAGCCUACCUAUGGCUUAAAUCGUACUAAUCCAAGUAGUAAUAAGCCCAAUCCGGAAAAGUUGUUAGGGGAACUCGAAAAGCCUGCUCUGACUCAAACAGAAUCUCCUCCAAAGAAUGGAGAUGAUUUAGAGAUUAAUUCUGUAAAUGAUUCAAGUGAUACAAAAAACAUUCCAGAGCAUAAAAACAUUCCAGAGCAUAAAUCAAGUUUGAUGGAAGCUUCGGACUCAGAUGGUAUUGCUGCCUAAUGAUGAUGGCAGAUGGUUAUUCAAAAAGAAAUGCUGUAAACGCUUAGGAAAUCCUGUGAACAUAUCUGAAGAUAUUCUGGAAAUACCAGUUCAUGUUAUGAGGUUGCUUGUUACUAGUGUACUCGAUAAUCACUGAGAAUGGUCUUUAUUCCAGAAAAAGUUUAUUAUGCCCCCUUUUGAAAAAAGUGGGGUAUAUUGUUUUGCACAUGUCGGUCGGUCGGUCGGUCGGUCGGUCGGUCGGUCGGUCGGUCUGUCUGUCUGUCGGUCGGUCGGAAUACCAAAUGGUUUCCGAUCAAUAACUUGAGAACGCUUUGACCGAGGGACCUCAUACUUGGUAUGUGUAUUGGUCAUCACCAGCAGAUGAACCCUAUUGAUUUUGAGGUCAGUGGGUCAAAGGUCAAGGUCAGUGUGACCUUUACAUGAAAAACGGUUUCCGAUCAAUAACUUGAGAACGCUUUGACCCAGGAACCUCAUACUUGGUAGGUGUAUUGGUCAUGACCAGCAGAUGAACCCUAUUGAUUUUGAGGUCAGUGGGUCAAAGGUCAAGGUCAGUGUGACCUUAACAUGAAAAACGGUUUCCGAUCAAUAACUUGAGAACGCUUUGACCCAGGGACCUCAUACUAGGUAGGCUUAUUGGUCAUGACCAGCAGAUGAACCCUAUUGAUUUUGAGGUCAGUGGGUCAAAGGUCAAGGUCAGUGUGACUGUAAGCUGAAAAAAGGUUUUCUGAUUGUCCAUAUUUUAUUUAAGUGUCCAAAUCCUACUAACAAUUUGGCUCCCAAGGGGGCAUAAAUGUUUCACUAACAUCUCUUGUUUUCUGUUUAAGUCAAUAAGGCUCUUUCAUUGUUGGAUAUAUUUUUAUUGUACUUGGUAAUUUGUCAAUCCAAAGGUAUUAAUCUGUUUUAAAAUGAAAUUUUUGAAGAAAACAUGUAGAAGAAUUAACAUUACUCAGCUUUUAUUAAAUGAAUUGUUCAUUUUUCUAAAAUUAUACCAUGAGAAAUUGUCUCUUAUUGUUUUCAAAAUAUGAUUUUUUUUUCAACAGAAAUAUUGAUUCAAAAAAAGAGAAAACAGCAGUUUUGUUCCAGUUUUUUUGUGUCCGAGUUCAAACAUGGUUUAUUUGAUUUUGCAAUGAAUAUAUGUAUUUUUCUAACAUCUUGAUCGUACAAUAUGUUGUUACAUGCAUAUCAAGCAGACACAAUGUACAGGUAAUGUAAAAUCAAAUUAUCACAAAGAGGUUGUCCAAUUUUCAUAAGUGACAGAAAGCGGGAACAAAUUUCUUAAAAAAUGUUGCAAAGAUAGUUACAUUCUUAGAUGUUUCCUGUUAUAUAUUUCAUUACUACAGCUACCAUAAGGGAAAAGAAUGUUAUACUUGAAACUUUCACCUUCUAAGGCUGUCACCGAAAAUGAAACUUUCUUGAUCAGGCUCAAGUUAUAUAUGUUCUGCUUCAUAUGAUUAGAGAUUAUUUUUAACAAGCCCGAAUAUAUAAAUAUAUAUCAAUGGUAGUAAUCGAACAUGAAAUUUCUUGAACGAGCUUAAGUUAUAUAUGAUCAUAUUAUCAGAGAUCAUUUUGAACAAUCUUGAUUAAAUAAACAUAACAAAAUCCCCAUACAUUUCCAUGCCCUGCAUUGCUUGCGGGCUUGUGGUUAUUUUGAGCAUUGCCCUGGAUGCACAGUAUUUUGCAGUCCAUGCUUUUUUUGUCUUAAACGAUAAAUAUUUUGUUGUUGAGGAUAUUCUGUUUAUAUUUUAUUUAAGAUAUUUGUCCACUGGUUAAACCCUCCAGUGUGUUAUUACUAAGUUACCUAGAUUUUAAUAAUCAUUCCAAAGCGAUUACCCAAACAUAUUUACCAAUGAUGAUAUUUUGAUAGAUGUGUCAUACAGUCAAACCCAGUGGGCUCAAACUCCCUUGGCUCUUUAGCUCCAACUGAAUGUAAAGGACUGAUAUUUUUUUACUAAAUGUGAGCUACCUUGACUCAAAUUUUCUGAGGCUCAAGGUAUUUUCGCCAGUCUCUGGAAGUUUAAGCCAGCAGGUUUUGACUGUAUUUGUUGGCUUGUAGCAUAGUGUGUCUUGUUUGCUGUUAGUAUGGUAUUGGCCCAUGGUCAAUUUAGGCUACUGGGCUUGUUCUUGUAGUUUCCAGAGGAUGAGAGUGGUCUUGUAGUAUAUGUGUCCGCCUCUCACCCUAGCGGUUGUUGGUUCAAUACCCACCCGGGUGUGUGGUCUAGUAAUAUAGGUGACCAUCUCUGACACAAGAGAUUGUUAGUUUGAUACCCUCUAGAGUGAGAGUGGUCCUGAGGUAUGGGUGUCCAUCACUCACCAAAGAGGUAUUGGGUUUGAUUCCAACCAGGUUGAGAGUGGUCUGAUAUAGGUGUCCAUCUCACACCCAAACACUUGUUCGAUCCCCACCAAGGGUACUUUCUCAUUGCCUCUCAAAAUGGACAUGAGUUCUGGUCUCUCCAAGGAAGUGAUUCUAUAAGCUAUCAGCUUUAAACACUAUCGAGCUAAAAGAAUUAACUCAAUGAUUGUUUUAUAUUUUUUAUUUACAAGUUAAUUUGAUUUUAUUGUAAAAAUAAUGUCUUCAUAUUUGUUUGGUGAUAUUUGGUUAAAGAACAUUUAUGCUAUCUCCUGUGUUUGCUAUCUCCUAAGGUCAUGAUGAUAGUCAAUAUGUCAGCAUUUAUUUCCAUGUUAUGCUUUUUGGAUAUACACCUAUAUUUUUAUUCCAUGUAUCUUUAUUUCUGUUCCAUGUAUCUUUAUUUCUGUAUUCAGAAAUGAGCGAUAAGAAAAGAUAUACAAAUAAAUUUUUACUCAAUAAAUUAAAAUGUUGUAGAAUUGGGCCGAUUGUUCAGACCCGUGUUAAUGUUUAAAACAUCGUUAACUGUAUUGUUAACUUUCAAAUCUUUAAUACUCUGAACUGAUUAUGAACGCACAAUUGGUUUUGCUGUUCUUUACACAAUUAUUUAGACAACUGAUUUUUUUAUGUUUGUUUUACUAAAAUAUAUCAGCUUAUCAUAAAAUAGUUUACCUUUAAAAGUUAACAGCGAUGCCUUUAGCAAAGAAAAACCAUAGUUGAUCUGUGGUACUUUACACAAAUAGUGAGACAACUGGUUCUGUUAUGCUUGUUUUACUUAAAUAUACCAGCACAUCAUAAAAUAGUUAACCUUUAAAGUUAACAGCAAUGCCUUAAACAAUGAGAAACACAAUUGAUCUGCGGUAUUUUACUGAAAUAAUGAGACAACUGAUUCAGCUAUGCUUGGUUUACUUAAAUAUAUCAGCUAUUUAUAUAAUUAAUUUUUAUACCUUUUAAAAUUAACAACGAUGCCUUUCGCAAUAAGAAACACAAUUGAGUUGUGGAACUUUACUCAAAUAUUGAAAUGACUGAUUCUGCUAUGCUUGUUUUACUUAAAUAUUUCAGCUAAUCCUAAAAUAUUUCACCUUUUAAAAUUUACAACGAGAAACACAAUUGAUCAGCAGAACUUUACUCAAUUAUUAAGACAACUGAUUCAGCUACAUGUAUGCUUGUUUUAAUUAAAUUAAUGAGCUUAUCAUAAAAACAUAUCAUUAAAUAGUAACUUAAAUGUAAACUGUGAUGUAAUAAAAGAAUAUUGAGUUGAGUUGAGUUGAGUUGAGUUGAGUUGAGUUAACAAAAAGUUAACAACGAUGCCUUUAACUAGAAGAAACACAAUUGAUCUGCAGUACUUAACUCAAAUAUUUUGUUAACUGAUACAGCUAUACUUGUUUUAUUUAAAUAUGUCAGCGCAUCAUAAAAUGCUUUACCUUUUGAAGUUAACCACGAUGCCAUGAACAACUUUGUUAACUGUAAUAAAGGUCUGAUCAAUCUGCCCAUUGUUUAGCCGUUAUGUUUUUACUCAUUUAUUUGUUAAAUGUUGAUAAAUUGUACAUUCCAAUGAUAGAAAUGGCAGGACCCGAUUCCCCGUUUAGUUUACGUAAUUAGAUUUUAUUGAAUAUUGUACAUGUUAUAUAUUUUUAGUGGUUCAUAUAUAUAUAUAUGUUUGAUAGCAUUCCAUUUGUAUAUAUAUAGAUAUAAAUACUUUAAACCAUUCAUAUAGUCUCUUGACGCUACAUUGCAAUUGUACUACAAACCUGUAUUUUGCAACAUUCCAUUAAAAUGUCAAUAUAAUUGUUGUUUAUUGUUUUGAAGAUGUACUCUUAUACAAUGCAUUUUUGUUGUUACAUUUUUAGACUUUGCAUUCCAAAUGUAAUAUAUAUAAUGACGUCAUACAGGAAAUGACAUCAUAAUAUAAUGCUCGGUUAACUCUUUGUAACGGUAAGGUGACAUGAAGUAACAUUUUAAUGAUUGAGAAAGGGUGGAUUGAGCAAAGCAAACGAGCUGUUCUUAAUCAUUAAAAUGUUAUUUCAUGAUAUCUCGCUGUCUAAGAAUACUACCUCAUUGGCCGACACAUUGUCAAUGAAAAACUCUGAUGCAGGGAUUAUCGGAUGAGUGGCAGUAGGCGGACCUUAAAACACUGCGAAAGUUGAAAUUCUUAAUGAUCAAGCCUAGAUCUUAAUGAUUGCCUUUCUGCAAUUUCAUUGGCUGAAAAUGUAGUUUGUAUUCUUGAUAUGUAUGCUCUGUUUCUGCUGCAUUGUGACAUAAAAUCAUGUGGCAAGUUUUCAUACUUUUAUAUGAUGACCUCAUUUCCUGUAUAUGACGUCAUUAGUAUUUUGAAAAAGUUGUUUCAGCAAAAAGACAAUAGAGAGUGAAUAAAAGGAUUAAUUUUGUUAAGUAAAUUAAAAGAGAAGUGAAUAAAAGCUUGCUUGAGAAUUGUGUAUGAUGUAAACAUGAUCUCACACUUUCUGCAAGAUGAAGUAGUUUUUAUGGUUAUUAUUGUUUUGCAGCAAGUUCAAACAACAUCCACAUUGAAGCUGGGCAAGCAGAUUUUGUGAGAACUGUAACAUUUUAAUUUCAUGAUUUAAUCAGAAAAAAAAGUAUUGUGAAAAAGAAUUAAAAUAUUGGUGCAAGGGGUGUGGACAUCCUAUUACUGCUUUGGCUGACUAUUAAUUGUAAGUGCUGUGCCAGUUUUCUUAAAACAUCUUAAGUCAUUUAUUAACUUAAAGGAUGUCUUAAAAUGACCAAACUCAGGUUAAAACGAAUGUAGAAGUUUUUAAGACAUCAUUUAUAUUUUAAUAAAUUAAUGAAAUGAAAUAUUUAUAUAUUUUUAACUUAAUAUACCGUAAGACCAGUGAGAUACUACCCAGCUAAGGAAAAUGAGAAGUUAAGAAAUUACAUAACUUUAUACGAUGUUUUAUGAAUACAGCCACAUUUCUUAUGGCGAUAUAAUUCUCUUUAAUCAAUUUAUCUGAUCUAUUCCUCGCAUUCAGUUCUCCCUGGUGUAUUUUAUUUAUAAAAAAUAGACACGUGUUGUCUUUAUUUUGACCACAGUGUGAGAUCAGAUGUUCAAUGUCUGUGUUGUAUUAUUACACAGAACAAUUCAAUAAAGCUAUUUCUGAUAUGUGCAUCACA